AUGACCUCCAGCUCGGCCCUUCCCCCCGUCGCACAACACCCCUCCCUGCCCUCCUCUUCCUCGAACUCGGAGAACAACACCCCCGUCCCCUCUGGUUCCGCCUCCGACCCCAAGAAAAAACCCACAGCUAAGCGCAAGCGCACCUCCGACAGCGCGAACGACAACCGCGACGGUCGAGCACAGUCCAGGACACGCGACGGCCCCAAGAAGAAAAAGGCCAAUCGUGCCUGCUUCCACUGUCAGAAGGCACACCUCACCUGCGAUGACUCACGACCAUGUCAGCGCUGUGUCAAGCGUGGCAUGGCUGACAGCUGCACCGAGGGCCACCGCAAGAAAGCCAAGUACCUGCUGGACGAAGAAGAGCUAGAGGCCCUCAAGCGCGGAAAGUCUGGAGAAGGCUCCUCCAAGAGCUCAGAGCCCACGACGCAUUCGCAACCCCCAGAUCCGUCCCCCCCUCAACAGCCGCCGCCGCCGCCGCCGUCGGCGCCCGCUCAUCCCCAGCAGUACAUCUCCCCGGACGCGAUGUAUCCCGUGUACAGCGUCAACCCCGCGGCGUCCGCCCAGUACGGCAUCCCCGCCGAGGCCGCGAACCUCGAGUACUCCAUCCUCUCCGCCAUCCUCGGGGGCUCCCCCGACUCCGGCGCCUCCAACGGCUCCCCCGCCGCGGCGCACGCGACCGUGGCCCAGCCACAGGCAGGGCCGUCCUCCUCCUCCUCCGCGGGCGCGCAGUACGUCCCCGCGCAGUCGUCGGGGCUCUCCGCCGCGUCGUGGCCCUCGCCCGUCGAGGCGCAGUAUCCCCCCGGAUACCCCCCGGCGUCAGGCUCGGGCUCGGGGGGCGCGCAGGCGUACGGCGAGCAGGCGCAGAUGGCGGACGCGCAGGUCGUGGGGGGCGUGCCCGCGGAGUACGGCGCGCCCUCGACAGGGUAUGCCGCGCAGGGGAGCCAGGCGGGGCCCGCGCAGUACGAGGGGUACGAGCAGGCGCAGGGGCAGGUGCCUGCGCCGGGGCAGGCGUACGAGCCGCCGUCGCCGCAGUCGUUCUUGGUGCGCCCGCGGCGGCAGACGAUGUCGGCGGCGUCGCCGAGGGGGACGGCGGGGAGCGGGAACGGGUCGUCGCUGUGGCUGAACGCGGGGGCGGGGGCGGGCGCGAGCGGGGUGGGGAGCGAGGGCGCGGUGCAGAGCGUGUAUAGGAACGUGACGAAGGGGUACGACUACACGGAGGGGUACCACUUCUUGAUGAAGCAUAUGAGCAGGAGAUUCGAGAAGAACGACAUCCUGCGGAUCGUGCGCGCGCUGGCGAUCGUGCGGCCGUCGUUCAUCGCGCUGCAGAUGCCGAUGACGGAGGAGGACGAGGUGUUCGUGGAGAAGUGCUUCCAGCGCUCGCUCAUCGAGCUCGACAAGCUCGUCUCGUUCUCGGGCACGCCGACCGUCGCGUGGCGCCGCACGGGCGAGAUCUGCCUCGUCGGCCCCGAGUUCUGCAUGCUCGCGGGCUGGGAGCGCGAGGAGCUCGUCGGGAAGCGGAAGUACAUCUACGAGCUGUUCGAGAACCAGUCGGUGGUCGAGUACUGGGAGAACUUCGCGAACCACGCGUUCGAGAACACGACGCAGUCCGUGUACUCGCACUGCGUCCUCCUCAAGCCGAGCGGCGCGCCCGUGCCGUGCACGUUCUGCUUCUCGAUCCGGCGGGACAUCAUGGACCUCCCCAGCCUCGUCAUCGGACAAUGGCUGCCGUUGUUAUAG